AUGCCAUUCACCGUCAAAGCCACAUACCGCUCAGAGACACGGAAAUUGAGCUUUCCUGAAUGUGAUUCCUUUCCUUCAUUCGACCAACUUUACCACCAGCUGUACAGGGUCUUCCCAAUAAGCCAUUCCAUCGUUCUUUCCAAGUUACUCUUUUCACCGGACUCCUCCGAUUCUCGGGUGCUUCUAUCCAGGGAAGUGCGCAAUGCCGCAGAGUAUGAUCUCGCCGUCGCUCCCUUCAAGGGCAGAGCUUGGAUGGGUCCGUCGCUAAGGGUUUCUGUUUCCGACGAAACUCCACAUAAACUCCCAUCCAGUCCUCAUACAUGGCAGCCUCAGGCUUCAAAUCCUCAGAAGCCGGUCGUUUCUAAUCCAUUCCCUGUCGUAGAACCAUCUUUCGGUCGGAUCUCUUAUUCUCAUAUCCCCCCUCCUCCCAUUAUCUUUUCGUCGAGGCCCUGCCCUCAGGAACCAAUGGAUGUAGGCAAGCCUGAAACAAAUGAUCCGCCUACUGUCCCGCAGCAUGACAUUGCUUCAUGCUGCGCCGUUGCACAAACUAGGAAGGAUGUUCAAGAGUUAAUCACAAGCUUCAAGGUUGACUUAGACCGCGUCAUCGCCUCACUUGAACCAUCUCCUCAGAAUGACAUUCCUAUGCCACUGAAUCAAGUGCCCCACUCCGAAGAUUCGAUCCAGCUACCGAAGAUACCGCUUCAGGUUCCACCUUCUAACGUACCUGAAUCGUCGUCAACUCUUUCCCUCCCUUCUGUGCCUAUGCAUCCGCCUCUUUGUCAGUACAAUCUUUGUUGGCGCUGUGGUGUCAUUAAACAGGGUCCUUGGUUCGAUUGCUCGACAUGCAACAACAAGCUGUGCGUCACCUGCCUUGAGACUACGAGCAUUAGUGAUUGCUUUUUCGGAAGUCCUCAUGUUUGGAAGAAACAAACAUGCAGUUACUGUGCCCCCAAUUCCACGCCUACUCCUACACCCUCUCCAUUACAACCCGCCUCCUGGGGCUCUGUUCCUUUGACAUUUGGAUCUCUUUUGCUUCCAUCUGUUCCUACAAUGGCACCUGUACUUAGGGAGGACGUUGCUCCAGAAAUGCCUGUCCCUCAUACUGUGCCUUUUGCUCUUCCCGUUGGUGAAAACGAGUCUGCGAGAAAUGAGAACGGUCGAGUCGUUCACCACGGUGUUUCGUGCGAUUCUUGUCGCUCUAUCAUAGAAGGGGUCAGACACAAAUGUCUUGAUUGUCCAGGUUGGUGUUUGCAGUCUGUUCGUGUCCCAAAAUAUUGUCCAUUAACCCUUGGUUUCAUAGAUUAUGAUCUAUGUUCAUCAUGCAUCGCUAAUGGUGCUGCUGCACGUCACACACCCUUCCAUGAGUUCUUCGAAAUCUCCGAACCUGGGCGUGUCGUGGUCCAUAAUGUUUUCAGUGGUAGCGGCGAGCGAGAGGUGGCUCCACCCAUGCGUCACAAUGGAUCCCCAGUCCAAUCCUCUCAGCCCGUGGUCCAUAACGCAGUGUGUGAUUUGUGUGAAUCUAGAAUUCGUGGUGACCGUUAUAAAUGCAUCAAUUGCCCGGAUUGGGACUGCUGUGCCAACUGUUUCACCAUCACGAAUGAACACCAUCCACGUCAUGCAUUUGUCAAGGUUUCUCGACCCGAAGAUUUUAUUCGCCGUGACCAGACCCCCGUCAAAGAACAUUUUGCCACUUGCGACUCCUGCUCGCGGCGGAUUUUCGGUAUCCGUUAUAAGUGUAUGCAUCAAGAUUGUCCAGACUUUGACCUUUGCAGUGCAUGCGAAGCGCUGCCGAUUGCCGUGCACCCAGCUACACAUCCAUUGUUGAAAGUCAAAGAUGUUGGCACUGCUCUACCCACAGUACAUCGCAACAACGUCGGUGAAUUUCGACCGCCUGCCAAUGAUAUCGCGACAAGCGCGUCAGACCGCUCUCCUAUCGAGGCUGCACCCGCCAGUCUUCGUGCGCCUUCACCUACUGGUUCCUAUGGAUCCGGAUGCUUGCGGAACCCCGCAGCUGGGACCCAUGGUAUACCUUCGCCUGAGGCUCAGCCUCCUUCUCCCUUUUACUUUAGAUCCCAAUCUGCUCGAAGCCAAACGCCGGAAAGUGAAGUGGAAAAUACUUCACUCCCUGCUCCUGCUCCCGUGCGCAACUUUUCACCCGUCUCUACGCGGAGCCCCUCGCCUACCAUGAUGAUACCUGGCGCGAUGCCGACGUUCUUCAAUCUCCCGCCCAUUGAAUCUUUAUCGUUGUCGACUAUGUUGCGGACUUCUCCCCCUAUUACUCUUCCCCCUAUUCAGAGUAAGCCAUUGGUUCAUGAAUCGAUUCGUACCCCGUCUCCACUUUGGAAACACACACCCUAUGCUAGGCCCCGUUCUCCGUUCAUUAUUCCUGGAGAGUAUAUGUCUGAAUCCCAACGCGCUCCUGCUCGUUCGCCUAGUCCAGAACGUACCUGUGAUUAUCCGGUGAUGGCUCCGUCUGGUGUAGAUUAUAACACGAUAUCUUCCCAGAAUUCCCCGGAUUGGGGACGUGUCCAUGGGAAUGGAAAUCCCUUCCUGGUCAGAAUUCCUUCUCAUCCUUCAAGUAACAUAUCAAGGAGGGAGCAUAGUCCAAUACAUGUUCUACCCCCGGUCCCGUCUUCGACGGUCGCUUCCGGCUUCUGGCCGGAAAAUUUUCAGGAGAUCAGACAUUUGAUGGACGACGAGCCUUCCUUCUCCCGUGACCUGCGUCGUUCCAUGGCACAGUCAACUGGAAGUGGGAUACCUGCUGAAGAGUCUUCUAUUGUUGGUGAGAGAGAACCUCUUCUUUCUCGACCGGCGUCAUCCAAUUCUCUUUCGGAAUCCGAACGUUCGGUACGUUCCCUGGCGUCUAUCCUGAGUGGCAUCAAAAUGCCGGCGACCAAUCCUUUCAUCACUGCAAUGGAGUCUAAGGAGGCUCUUAUUGGUACACCCUCCGCCCCCGUGCCUCCUGUUGUUUCGCUCCCUUCUACACCCUCCACUUUGAACACUCUCAACGCAGAGUUCGUAGCUGACAGAAACAUAGUUGAUGGCCAAGUAGUUGCUCCGGGCGCUGAAUUUUUGAAAGCAUGGGUAAUGCGCAAUGGUGGGAGCAGACCUUGGCCGGAAGGUACUGAACUUGUGUUCGUUGCUGGGGAAUCGUUUGCAAAAGAUAAUACUACUAUACAGCCGCAAUCAGUUGGCGUCGUUCAACCUAACGAACAAAUUGAGUUGUGGACCGGAGAACUCAAAGCGCCUGAAAAUCCAGGUCGCUAUGUGGCGUACUACAGACUCAGAGAUGGUGAAGGAAACCUCUUUGGUCAUAGCAUCUGGCUCGAUAUCACCGUCUCCGAAGCUUUCCAACGAGACAGCCCAGAAACUCUAGCUUCCUCUGACUAUUUAUCGUCGUCCUCCAUCAUAAUUAUGCCUACAGCUGCUUCCACUCCCUCUUCCGCUGUUGCAAACAACGACGCGAACAGGAACGGUGCUCCUGAAGGACUGCACCGAAAUUCGUCAAUACCUGGUUCGCCUGUUACCGCGCUCUCCGCGCCUUCGGUAAGCGACUAUGUCGAGACAUCGGACAAUGAUUCAGAAACCUCUGGGUCGUUGCUGGAUGUAACUGAUUCCGAUUCCGAUGAGGAGCUAUGGCAAGACAGUCGAACUAGUGUUCUAGUUGAAGGACAUGGGGCUGAAUCUCAAGCUACCAUACGGGCAACGACGCUUCCGGAUGAGUAUGUGGUCUUAUAUGAUGAGGCCACCUCUUCUGAGGAGGAGUAA